AUGCUUAUUGCUUGAGUAGGUACGUGAAAUCAUUUUUUUUCCUUAUAUGAAUUUAAUCAUUUGCCAAGCAUUCACUUGAUUUUAACCCCAGGAAUGGUCAACUUUGAGUCCACCCUUCCCAGCUUUGAUAAACCACAUCACAUGUACACAUGUUCUCUUUGUGUAAUAAGAGCAAACUUCAGCGGGCUUAAAUGAAAGUUGCACUCCCUAUAAAAAACUUAUAUUUCUUCUUCCAUCUGCACUCCCCGCCUUUCGAUUUCUUUAUUACUGACUAGUGACUGCCAUAUUCUGCACUUUCUUCCAAAAUACUCCAUUAAUGGCGGCACUGGCGAAGCUCGUACUCAAGAGGAGAAACUUCUUCAUUUCCAGAGAAAUUUUGAUCGGAGCUAAAUUCUACACAUCUCAUCCCUUGCCGGAAUCUUCCUUUGCUCAGAGAAUCAGAGAUCUGCCGAAAGAUCUCCCUGGUACUAACAUCAAAAAAGACGCUUCUCAGAUUAUAGGUAAAACACCCCUCGUAUAUCUCAACAAAGUCACGGAGGGUUGUGGUGCAUAUAUAGCAGUCAAACAAGAACAUUUCCAACCAAGCGCUAGCAUUAAAGACAGGCCAGCACUUUCCAUGAUGCUCGACGCAGAAGAAAAAGGCCUAAUUACACCCGGAAAGACAGUGUUGAUUGAGCCGACAUCGGGGAACAUGGGAAUCAGUAUGGCAUUCAUGGCGGCUUUAAAAGGGUACAAGAUGGUUUUAACAAUGCCUUCUUACACAAGCUUAGAAAGGAGAGUAACAAUGCUAGCAUAUGGAGCCGAUUUGGUCCUAACCGACCCAACUAAAGGAAUGGGAGGCACUGUUAAAAAAGCUUACGAUCUUUUGGAAAAAACACCCGAUGCUUUCAUGCUUCAACAGUUCUCUAACCCCGCAAACACCAAGGUGCAUUUUGAAACCACUGGUCCGGAAAUUUGGGAUGACACCAACGGUAAAGUCGACAUUUUUGUGAUGGGGAUUGGUAGUGGAGGAACCGUAUCUGGCGUUGGACAAUAUCUUAAAUCAAAAAAUCCUGACGUUAAGAUUUAUGGACUGGAGCCUGAGGAAAGCAAUGUGCUAAAUGGUGGCAAACCAGGACCUCAUCAAAUAACAGGAAAUGGGGUUGGAUUCAAGCCGGAUAUAUUGGACAUGGAUGUAAUGGAGGAGGUUCUUAUGGUGUCUAGUGAAGAUGCAAUUAACAUGGCCAGAGAAUUGGCCUUAAAAGAAGGACUUAUGGUUGGAAUAUCAUCUGGAGCAAAUACUGUUGCAGCAUUAAAACUUGCUCAAAGGCCAGAAAACAAAGGCAAACUUAUUGUGACAAUUCAUGCAAGUUUUGGAGAGAGGUAUUUAUCAUCUAUUUUGUUUGAGAAGUUGAGGAAAGAAGCAGAAGAAAUGCAACCAGUUUCAGUUGAUUAAUUGAUUUGUUAUGUUUAAAGAUGAUGAGCAAUGUAAUAUUUAUGUUUCCCAAACUGAUAAACUCAAUACCAUUUAUCGUGAAUUUUCCAGUUUCAUAUAAAAAACAUGCCAAACAGCCAAUGAUUGAGGUCCAUGUGGGUGAGAAAAUCAGAAAAAUACAUAAUUAAGUAAUGGAGCAGUCAUAUAGGGUAGUCACAAUAAUAAUGGUAAUGUUAUAUUCGAACUAUGGUAUAUGCUAGGAUUGCUCAUGACAUUUCAUCAAGGUUAAAUGAAAGAAAUAGCAAU